AGCACUCGGGACAUACCAGGCGGGGAAUAGGAAAAGUAGCAUGCUGCGAUAUUUGGCAGCUUUAAAAAUACACUAACAAAAGAACAGUUGGCAAAAACACAGCGGGCUACUGUUGAAUAGUUCCGGGUGUAUUUAGGAAAGGCGACAUUUUUGUCCAAGUAUGUUGUGAAUUAAAGACAAGCCCGUGGAUUUGGCCCUCACGCGGGCAUCUUUCAAAGCUAACUAGCGUGUUAGCUGUGAUGUCGUUUACUCGCUGAGCAUCUUCAUGAGUAACUUAGCUGAAGUCUAGAUUGCCAACUAGUGUUCAAUGUGUGCCUCAUAAGAUAAAAUGUCUGGCUUUAACUUUGGAUCAGGGACCCUCGGUUCCGCCAACACUGGUGGGGGAUUCACAUUUGGGGCCGUAACCAGUGCACCUGCGGCCAAUACUGGUGGUUUCUCUAUUGGGACUGCUCUGGGUACAGCAGCCCCAACCCCUGCCUCCGCCGCCAGCGCCACCCCGUCUCUUGGCCUAGGAGGCAAUCUCUUUGGUCAGAAACCUACUGGAGGAUUCUCUUUCAACACACCUGCCUCAAGUGCUGCUGCACCCACUGCAGGCCUUACAUUAGGUGCCCAAGCCACUACUGCUGCGUCCACCGGCUUCAGCUUGGCCUUCAACAAGCCUACCGCCUCAGCAACACCCUUCUCCCUCACCACCACUGCUACCACCUCCUCAUCAGCCCCUGCAGGGACAGGCCUAACAUUUGGCUCUGUCCUGACUUCCACAGCUCCACAGCAGCCUGCACCCAUGGGCUUCACGCUCGGUCUUGGUGGCACAACAACCACCACAGCAGCCUCAACAGGCCCAUCACUGGGCGGGGGUCUCUUCUCCAACACUAUCUCUUCAGGUUUGGGUCAGACCACUCUUGGAGGAGGAGGUGGGCUAACAUUGAGUUCUCUGUUAGCUGCUUCCACAGCAGUAUCAGCGGCUCCUGCCCCCAGUAUUGGACUGGGUGGAGUUGACUUUAGCACUUCCUCUGAGAAUAAGAGCGACACAUCAUCUGGAGUUAAUGCACAGGACAGUAAAGCUUUAAAAGAUGAGAACCUGCCCCCAGUAAUUUGUCAGGAUGUCGAGAACUUCCAAAAAUUUGUGAAAGACCAGAAACUGGUUCAGGAGGACAUCAGCAGGAUGUCAUCUAAGGCCAUUUCUAAAGUCCAAGAUGACAUCAAGAGCCUCAAACAGCUUCUGUCUGUAAGUGCCAGCGGUCUGCAGCGCCAAGCUCUGGCCAUCGACAAGUUAAAGCUGGAGACAGCGCAGGAGCUAAAAAAUGCUGACAUAGCACUGCGUACACAGAAGACUCCCCCUGGACUUCAACAUGAGAACACUGCUCCAUCAGAUUAUUUCCAUAGCCUGAUAGAGCAGUUUGAGGUGCAGCUGCAGCAGUACCGGCAGCAGAUAGAAGAGCUCGAGAACCACCUGACAACGCAGAGCAAUGGCUCCCACAUCACUCCUCAGGACCUGACCAUGGCCAUGCAGAAGUUGUACCAGACAUUUGUUGCGCAGGCUGCCCAGCUCCAGUCUGUCCAUGAGAAUGUCAAGAUCUUGAAGCACCAGUACCUAUCUUACCGCCGGGCCUUCCUGGAAGACUCCACGGAUGUCUUUGAGUCCAAACGGGCAUCCAACAGGAAGUGGCAGAGUACGGCGCGAGUCACGACCGGGCCUGCCCCGUUCUCCAGUGUGCCCAACGCUGCAGCGGUUGCCAUGGCAGCCACAUUGACCCAGCAACAGCAGCCAACUCCAGGUUUUGGUGGUGGGCCAGGAUUUGGUGGGGUGGGGACUGGGGGUUCUUCUUUUGCCUUCUCCUCCACCAGUAAGCCCACAGGAGGCAGUCUGAGUGCAGGUUUUGGUAGCAGCAGCAGCUCAGGCUUUAACUUCAGCAACCCUGGCAUCAACCCCUCAGCUGGCCUGACAUUUGGCGUGUCUAACCAGCCUACUGCAGGCUUCAGCACAGGAGGGCCCCUUCUCCAGCUCAAGAAACCCCCUGCUGGUAAUAAAAGGGGCAAGAGAUAGAACCACGGAAACACCGAACCCUGUGACUGACCAGCUUGGGGUUUGUAGCGGGUAAGGCCUGGUCUCCCAAAAGCAUUUAAGUGGUCUAAUAAUCAUGCAACUACAGAACGAAGAAAACAUUUUGAGGAAAACAUCGGGGACGGGAUUGAUCCCACAAUAAAAGAGCAAAGCAGGAUCACCCAUUUAUUUAAAAUAAACAUUGAGAAAAUGAAACUUCCAUUGACCAACAAGCAUAAUCUUUCAAUCAUACAUUGGUCUGUAUUGUCUUCUGUUCUACAGUGAUUUGAUUCCAAAUUGCCAAGGUCUUAGUGUUACCUGCCAGUUGAUACAGAAAGUUGCCCACGUCCACGUGUUCCUAUGAGGUCUAUUUAAACAAUAAAAUUAUAUUACUUAUUAUUAAAACUCACUAACUCUGAAUCAAUAUAGUUGUGUGUACGCAAAGGUUAAAAAUCUUUGACUAUUUCUAAACAGGACUCUGUGUAUUUGCAUAGACUCAAAAUGUUGCUUGUAUCAUCUGUAGCCCUACAAUGCUUUUGGGAUUGCCAGCCACGGACAGCUGGGUCAGUUACAAAUCGUUCGGUUAUCUGUAAGGAAUUUCUUUCGUCUGAAUAUUGUACAAGAUCGAUGUGUUUUUGCGCUUUGGGGCGGACGGUGCAGAUGGUUCCAUUGUGUUACACAAACUCUGAUAAUUGCAUAACUGCACUUGAACGCCUCUCAAAAUAUGACUGGGUCCAAGUCUCGUCCAGGGAAGGGAAAGGGAAAGAAGCUUAUGGAGUAAUAGUUGGUUGGGAACAGUGUAGUCCCUGCCUGGAGGUAUCAGUGGGGGGUAUUAUCUGAUCCGAGAUAGUUUUAUAGGCACAGGAGAGUGUCCAGGGUGGGUUUUUGGGGAAGCACAGUUUUAUUUUUGUAUGAAGUGGAAAAAGAGAUGACAUUCGGGAGGGGUAAAAGGGGACUAGCACCUUGGGAUAGUCCAUUAGUCCACAUAACCUGUGUUGUUUUUGCUAGAGUCCAUCCUUAUCAUUGUUUAAUAAUUACUUUUUAGACAUUUGUUUGCCCCAGUGUCAGAACAUGGGAGAGGAAACGCUAUGCUGUUUGUAUUACAUGGCUCCUAUUAAAUGUUAAGUUAGUUGAAUCUGAAAGGGAUUUCAGACGCAGGUUCUACCUACUCAACUCAAUUUACACAUGUGCUACAAUAAAUGUGCACUUGCCACUGCAUACGACCUGACAGUGAUAGUGUCAAUGUGCAUGUGUGCCUAUUGCACAAGUAUGAAUUUGUCUCUCUGGUCUAUCAUAGUUGCUGACUUCUUUUGAGCGUCUGGUGUGCUUGGGGGGGAAUUCUGCUUUUUUUAAAUUGACCAUGUCCAUUUGGUUACCAAAAACUGGUAGAUGUAUUAUUAUUUUCUAAUCACAGUCUGUGUAAACCUGUAUUUUCAAGAAGCUGUUUAAUAAUAAAAUUGUCACUAUGAUGUUUUGCCUGGCUAUGGCAUCACUUCAAUAAAUGUAUGUGUUGACACAGA